AUGAGGCGCAGCCGGUCGCGGCGGCGCCGGAAACGCAAGGAGGCCGAGGCGUCUGCGGCCCAGGCGCCGCCGGCCCCAGCCCUGCCAGCGCCUCAAGCGCCUCAAGCGCCGCCGCCGGCGGCGCCUGCGCCGGAGGAUGGGCGCAGGCGGCGCCGGAAGGAGAAGCACGCAGAGCCCAAGCCUGCGCCGGCCGCGCCGGUUCCGGCGCUGGCCUCGCCGCAGCCGGCGAAGGCCCCGGCGCCGGCCGCCCCUGUGCUCUCAGAGGAGGACCAAAAGAAGCUGCAGGCAGAAGUUGGCAAGAAGCUGGCAAAGCUGGACGGCCUGUCGCGAGCUCGGAAUCGGAAGGGCCAUGGGUGCGCGGUGUUGGCCCGCGGCCGGCGCGGCGGGCGGGCCCGCGGCGGCCGGUGGGAGCUGGGCUCGGGUCGUUGGAUUCUUACCAUGUGCCCAGAUACGCUCCCCUCCACGUCUCGUCCAGCUCUGGCGGAUUGCACCGUGAUUUGA